AUGUCGGAUCCUGAAGAAAUCGCGAAAGAGGAGGCAAUCCUCGAGGACAUUUCCGAUAGCCAUAUUUGUGUCCCAGAUCAGAUGUUCAAGGUCGCUCAUCGAUACUUCACCCGAUACAGAAGAGUCGGAUUGAUGACCGACCUUGACAAAGCUAUCAGCAUGGCAACUAAGGCUAUUGACCUCACGCCCGAGAGUAACGGACAGCGAACUUCACGUCUGGUCAACCUCUCUGUCUACUGGCACGAGAAAUACCCAAGAAGUGAUCCACAAAAUGCUCAAGGACUUCAGGACUCCAUUAAAGCUUCGCGAGACGCGAUCGCAGCUCUUCCAGAAACUUACCCAAACCGAGGAACAAUUCUUGACCAGUUAUCCACAAAGCUAGGAUUGCUUUUCAUGCAGACGCGAGAGCUGGCACUUAUCGAAGAAAACAUUGCAGUCCAACGAGAAGCUGUGGAGGUAACGCAAAUCAGCAACCCGAAGCGUGUUCUUUUUCUCGCCAACCUAGCUGCUCCUCUUACAGCUAGACACCAAGUGCUUGGAAACAAGGAAGAUCUCGAUGAAGCGAUUCAAAUAUGUCGUGAUGUCAUAGCACAGACGGAUGUAAACUCGCCCCAGCUUCUCGAGAGACUUGGGAACCUCUCGCUAGGUUUAAGCGAAAGGUACGAUACACAUGGUGACCAAACCGAUCUCUACGAAGCCAUCGAAGUUGUGAAACAGGCUAUUGAAGUCACUGAAGAGGAUAGUCUGGAACGCAUGGCCCAGCUGAGCAAUUAUGCUAAUUUCCUUGGUGACCGAUAUCUCAGGACGGGAAAUACCAGCGAUCUUGAAGAGUCCAUUCACAUAUUCGAAAUGGUCUGUGGUCGUGUUGCAGAUGAGGAGGUCUACUUGGACAGACAUAAAUGUCUCAGCAACUUUGGCAUUCAGCUCAGUCGAAGGUACAGAAGAAUAGGAACCGUGGCUGAUUUGAAGCAAGCGAUACAAGUCGGAAGAAGGGCUUGUGAGCUGAGCCCCGACGACGAUAGCAAGUCAAAGAACCUUUCCAACCUAGCGAUCGUUUUGAAGCACGAAUACUUCAGAACAGAUGAUCCUGGAGUUCUCGAGGAAGCAAUCAGUGUUCAGAGAAAGGCUGUAGAGGCCGUCCAUAAGAAUCACUCCGACAUAUUUGCAACCUUUCACAACCUUGCGACUCUUCUCACUACGAAAUACAAACUUACACAAAAGUUGGAGGACCUUGAAGAGGCGUUGAGACUUGGGCGGCAGGCUGUCGACAUGACACCUGAAGAUCAUGCCAAUAGAGCUGCUUGUCUCAACACCCUGGCAGUGCAGUUGAGUGACUUGUCCAAAAAGACUGGACUGUCAAGCCACUUACAAGAAGCCAUCCGUUAUGGGCGAGAAGCCCUGGACACCACUGGAGAAAACCAUCCGGAGCGUGCGAAUAGGCUGGUCAAUCUAGGUGGUCGAUACGGAGAUCUGUUCUGGGAGACGAAAGAAAAAGAACAUCUCGAUGCUGCCAUUGCACACUUAGAGUCUGCCUUGAAUAGCCCUAACGCUUACGACGAUACCCGCAUCCGUGCAGGAAAAGAGCUCGUCCAGUACUACGCGGCUGUACCUGACUGGGAUAAGGCUUAUAAAGCUGUCAAGACUGCGAUGGAUCUUGUUCCCAAUCUCAUUGCACAGACUACUAGCAAUGCUGAUAAGCAAGAUGCACUGGUCCAGGUUUAUGGCUUAUCAUCUGAUGCAGCGGCUGUGGCACUCUCGGCAAACAAAGGAGCCCUUGCUGCGCUGCGGUUUCUUGAACAAGGACGUGGAAUGAUGGCAGCGUCCGUUGAAGAUUCACGGAUGGAAAGCCUUGAUCUGCGGGCUGAGCAUCCCGAACUCGCUGAACGUCUAAACCGAUUACAAGGUCAAAUCAAUUCAUUUGCGGCUAUCGGUUCUUCCAGUGAUGAGGUCCACGGGUCUUCGUUAUCAGGCGGACAUGUCAAUGUGAACCAUAACCCGGACGAGCUUCGCGGACUACUUGACGAGAUCCGCCAAAAGCCCGGAUUUGAAGACUUUCUCUCUGCUCCAAGCGAAUCAAGCAUCAAAGAUGCUGCCAUUCCGGGAGCAAUUGUUGUCAUCAACGUCAGCGAAUUCCGCCGUGACGCUAUCCUCGUGGAGCACAACAAGAUCCACAGCAUUCCGUUGCCUCAGCUUAUGAUCCAGGACAUAAGGUCCAAUACCCAACAAGCUCAUACUUCAAGUCCAAAGAUACUCGAGUGGUUGUGGCAUACUAUUGCUGAACCCGUCCUUGGUGCAAUAGCCAUCAAUGGGGUUUCUUCUGAAGAACGCCUGCCACGGAUUUGGUGGAUCCCAACGGGCCUAUUGAGCAUAUACCCUCUCCAUGCAGCUGGCCGACAUUACAAAGGGUCACGGAAUACUGUGAUCGACAGAGCCAUGUCAUCGUAUAGCUCAUCUAUCAGAGCCAUUAUCCGGACUCGGGGUCGUGCAGGUCUAAACCCGGUUCCCUUGGGCAACGAGCGGGCCGUCCUUGUAUCUAUGGAGCGAACACCAGGGUACAGUACACUCCCUUCGGCUGGCAAAGAGAUAGCUCAGUUACGUCCCAUCUGCGAGUCCAAAGGAUUUGAAGUAGUUGAACCAAAGUCCCUCAAAGAAGACAUUGUUUCGCAGCUUCCAGGUUGUAAAAUCUUCCACUUCGCUGGCCACGGUGCCACCAACUUACGCGACCCUUCUCAAAGCAGCCUUCUGUUGGAGGAUGAGCCUCUAACUGUGUCAAACCUCCUCGAAACCAACAUCCAUCAAUACUCGCCAUUCCUUGCAUACCUUUCGGCAUGCGGUACUGGACAGAUUGCCCAUGAGAAGUUCCUUGAUGAAAGUGUUCAUCUUAUCAGUGCCUUUCAGCUAGCUGGAUUUCGUCAUGUUAUCGGUACUCUCUGGGAAGUUGGCGACAGUAUCAGCGUUCAUAUGGCAAGGAUCACCUACGAAGCUUUCCAGCGUGGUGACUCGGCAGAUGAGUCGGUAUGUCGAGGCUUACAUAAAGCAACAUUGGAGCUUUGCGAUCGGUGGUUUAAAGAACAGACUCCGACUCGUGGUCGUAAGAGGAAGUCAGGAUCCAUUCUAAGGGAUGAAAGAGGAGAGACGCUUGGUCCCCGUGAUAUUGAAGCCUUGGAAGAUGAAGAUGAUGAAGAUACUCUUAGAUUGCCACAAUGGGUUCCAUAUGUUCAUUACGGAGUAUAA